AUGUGGAUUCCUGCCGCGCGCCUGGCUACUGAACAUAGCACGGACGAGAUCCUCCAAUCAUUGGCGGGGGACUCUCAGCCAGCCACUUGGCAGGCACACCGGGCUUCUUUGCGCGACUUUGUCCGGAUUCCGUACCAAGGAGUCUCCUUUCUCUGCACGUCCGACGCGGCUCUACACUCACUGGGUGGUCUGGCGUUGCAGGUCUGCGGCGCGACGGUGCACAUCCGCAAGUAUUCGAAGUAA